CCUUCAGGUGAGACGGACAGACAAGGUGAAUGUCGAGGCGGUGUACCACAGUCUGGAGGAGUACAUGAAGCACGUGGAGGAGUAUUACGACCUGAGACAGCAGCACGAGGACAUCAAAGAACGCCGACUGUUUGUGGCCACCGAUGACCCAUCAGUGUUUCCAGAACUUCAAAAAAAGUACCCGGGGUAUAACAUCAGCGGUGUGGAGGGCAGUGCAGACUCAGCGUUCUGUCAAAUCCCGCUACACGAGAGAUGGACUGAGUGCAGUACUAGUGGACCUGCACUUCCUGUCCAUGUGUGACUUUGUCGUCUGCACCUUCACUUCAAAUGUCUGUCGGGCCGUGUACGAACUGAUGCAGACGAGACAUGGCGACGCCUCCAGCAAGGUGUAUUCUCUGGACUCCUCGGUGUAUUUUUUAACAGACGGCGACAUCCACUACAAACGAGCCGUUGUCAACCACCAAGCGACAUCCAACGAAGAAAUCUCCCUUCAAGUUGGAGACCUCGUACAAGUUCAAACCUACGUUUUCCGUAGCAAUGACCGACAAUUUCGUUGGUAACCUGAGGAACGGCUCCAGUGUCGGCAUCAACACACGGACUGGAAAACGAGGACUUUUCCCCUCCUACAAGGUGGUGGAUGAAAUUGUAGAAGAAAACAUGGGCUAGACAAGCAUAGUGUGUAAUUUAAACAGAGCUGUAGAUGUUACUAAAUAUUUGUUGUGUCGCUAAUACGACAAGGUUUUCGGUUUUUAAUACAUAUUAUUCCAGUUGAUA